CAUUCUCGUAUUUUUUUCUCUUAACAGAAACUAUAAGAGAUAUUCAGGAGAACUGAGGCCCAGUGUGUUUAUUUAAACAUUUAAACUCGGAAACGAAACUCACCAACAGAGGAAACAAGACAGUCUUCAUGCGAGAUUUGAGCAGUUCGCGAGAGUUUUAGUUAUCAGAGGAGACGACGGCAGUGAGUGUACAUCAGUACUGUCUGUGCAUUGAGGAAAAGUGUCAUUCCUCUGCAGGUGGAGGGAGCUUCUUCCACGAUGGACCCGUCAGAGACGACCAGAAAACGUUUAGAAGACUUUACUAGAAAACGAAAGUCAAAGGGUGCUGUGAAGAAGAUGGCAGAGAGCUGGAAAGAAGCAGAGCCUUUAUCCUGCUCCAUAUGCUUGGACAUACUGAGAAGCCCUGUGACUCUUCAUUGUGGCCACAGCUACUGUAAGGACUGUAUAAAUGGUUACUGGGACCAGGAGGACCACCGUGGUGUUUACAGCUGUCCCCAGUGUAGACACACUUUCAUCCCCAGACCUGUGUUGAACAAGAACACAGUGCUGGCUGAUUUGGCAGGGAAAAUGUCAGAGGCAGAAGCACCCACACCUCCUGAGAAGGAAGUAGUGGGCCCGGGGGAUGUGGAGUGUGAUUUCUGCACUGUGAAGAAGCUGAAAGCUGUCAAGUCUUGCCUGGUGUGUCUGGCUUCUUACUGUGCCACUCACCUGCAGCCACACUACGAGUCUGCUGCUUUCAAAAGGCACAAGUUAGUGGAGGUGUCUGCCUCCAUCCAAGAGAAGAUCUGCUCCAAGCAUGACAAGCUGCUGGAAGUCUACUGUCGCAGUGAUGGCCAGUGCAUUUGUCUGCUCUGUGUGAUGGAUGAACACCAAGGUCAUGACACUGUUUCAGCCGCAGCAGAGAGGAAAGAGAAACAAAAACAAUUUGGAAAGAAAAAACAAAGAUACCAGCAGGGAAUACAGGAGAAAGAGAAGCAGCUGAGACAGCUGAGACAGAACAUGAAAGCACUGCAGUGUUCUGGAGAUGCAGCGGUUGAUCAAAAUGAGAAAGCCUUCGCUGAAAUUGUCCAGAUGGCGGAAAAAAGACGAUGUGCCAUGAAAGAGCUGAUCAGAGUUCAGGUGAAGGCUGCGAUGAGCCGAGCUGAGGCAUUUGUGGACCGGCUGGAGAAGGACAUCUCUGAACUGAGGAAGGGAGAGGAUGAUUUGAAGCAGCUGUCAAUGACUGAGGACCACAUCCAUUUCCUGCAGGUACACAGACAGUCAAACUGCAGUUUUUGGCACUUCUGCACUGGCUUCAUUUUUCAGCCCCGGAGUUUGCUGCUUGGACAAACUGUGCAAUACAUA